UAAUUGGUCCACCGUCCCUCCACCGUUUCCCACAACACUAAUCAACUAGAAUUCACUUCAGAAUUGAACUCAGAACCGUUCAACGCUUGUAUUCGUCGUGUGAAGAAUUCAUUAAGUCACCUGGUACUGGGUAAAGUGAUAGUCAUGGCAACGGAAAUAAACACCAUGCCCAAUAGAACAGAACAGAUGUCAAUGGAAACCAGGAGUGACCGAAACAGUUAUAGAUCUGGGUCAAUACAUGCUCGACUCUUCACGAGGUUUCCAUUUAUUAUGAUUUUCUUACAAAUCAUAAUGAUGGCGCUUCUAACCUUCCUUACUGUUUACAUCCACGGACCACCAACAUUUGACGAUGCAUCAAGUGGUAUUGAAGCUCGAGGGACUCCAAUUCAUGACCACAUAGUUCCUCUAGAAAACAUCCUUCUUGGAUCUGACGUUAUUUCUCCAAAUCCAAACCUUUCCUUGGGUAGUUCUAGCAUGUCUACCGCCAGUGACUUGGAUUCUACCACGAACUCAACAAUAUAUACUGCCGGGACUCCUUCGAUACCUAUUUGUGGAAAUCCAAGUGGGAGUAGCUUUAGGGCUGUAUACGCCCCCUCGUCUUCGGCAGUGGAACUCUUAACACUUGAAACACUACUAUCUAUGUGCCAACAAGAUGACAUCUUUGUGCGUAACAGCUCUACUUAUGAGACGGUAUGCACCAAGUUAUCUGAUUCUUCGAACCAAUGCUGUCCAUCUUGGUCCAUCCCAAACUACAUAGGCGCCCUCGCCGGGAGGUCCUCUUGUCACGAAUUGAAAGCUAAUGACGUUACAUUUGCCAGAGCACUGCUAUCGGAGUGUGCACCAUAUUAUACAUCUGGAGCUUUGUCCGCCGAUUGUGGAUCGGGUGCUGACUGCCCAGAGGUGCCAUUGAACUGCACAACUUUCAACGCCAUUUACGUCAUGCUGUUUGCAAACUCACCCAGUGACUUUUCAUGCCAGGUUGCUGAGACGGGAGACCUUUCACUAACCAAUUCCUUACAAAUUGUUUCGUUAAACUCCUCGUUUAGUACUGGACCGCGGAUGCUUUAUAACGACGCAGCAAACAGACGCUACGUGGACAAUGGUAUUACUAAGAUUGAGGCAAUAGGCACCAACAGAGUCACUAAAUUUUUCCUCAUAUCAGAACCACUAAAGCAGGAUCUAAUAUACGCCGCGAUAGGUGUUGCGGUCGUACUCCUGAUAAUGUGGUUGUAUUUAAGAUCAUUUUUUAUUGCCAUUAUGGUGAUCUUUGAAAUAAUAUUUUCUGUGUUAUUGGCAUACUUUUUAUACUUUGUCGUAUUCCGCCUUACUUUCUUUGCAUUUGGGAACAUGCUUGCUAUUAUUUUAAUAUUAGGGGUUGGAGCAGAUGAUGCAUUCAUUUUCUACGACAUAUUUGAAAAUUUAAGGAGAAAGCAUCCGGAUGCUAAACAAGAGUUCAUUUUAGACGAAACCAUGAAGCAUGCUUUUCCUACCAUGUUUGUCACAAGUUUUACCACAGCAUCUGCUUUAUUUGUCAAUGUUACCAGCUCCGUAACAAAUAUUCGCCUCUAUGGCAUUUAUGCAGGGACUGUGGUGUUGUGCAAUUUUUUGUUUACAUUGACUUGGUCUCCAGCUGCUGUCAUCAUCUAUGAUAGACAUCUAAGGCUGCUUUUCCAGGCAUCAUCGACCAGUAAGGAAACAAGUUUCCAUAAAAUGAGGAACAUUUGGCAUAAACUGCGGGCAUUCUUUCGUCGUAUCUUUGAAGUAUACCUCCCGGCGCUUGCAUUCAAACUUCGUUGUCUUUGGAUUCUUAUGUUCACUUGUAUUUCAAUUGGAGCACUCCUUGUUGUAUUCUGGUGGCCCCAGCUCAGAGCACCGACUUCAAACACAGAAUUCCAAAUCUUCACAUUGAAGCACCCACUUGAGAGGUAUGACCAGUUGUUUAGAUCAACAUUCGAUAUCGAGAGAGCUAAAUUGGCGCCUUUACAGUUCAUUGUCGUCUGGGGCACUGUUCCGAUUGACAAUGGAGAUCCUUUUGAUCCUACAAAACGCGGUUACGUUCAACUUGAUAAAUCAUUUAGUCUUGAUGACCCAGAAUCCCAAGUCUGGUUACUUAAUUUCUGCUCGGAGGUUCGACAGCAAAGUUUUUAUAGCCCACCAUCUGUUGUCUAUGAAGACUGUUUUAUUGAGAAGAUGAAGGUUUUUAUGGAAACGCCAUGUCUACCAUCAAGUAUUGGAACUGACUUCUCACCCUGCUGUGGUCAGACUUCUUUUCCAUAUUCGGCGGACUUACUGAAAUUGUGCGCUCCAAAAUACGCAGCGUUCGUCUGCGAAUCAAUAGGUGGUGGCUGUCCUGCAGCUCUUCCUGGUCUCCGAUUCGACUCAGAAAACAACAUCAAGGCAUUUUUUGUGCAGUUCCAGAGCACAACUUUGUCGCAACUGGAGUUCGAUCCUGUGAAGGACUACUUCGAUACAGCUCUUGCUUGGGUAGACGAAAAGGUUAAAACGGCUCCUGGUGGUUUACAAGGUGGCUGGUUUGGAACACAUAGUCUUGCGCAACCAUAUUAUGUUGAUCUCAUCAUUAACCUGUUACAAGAUACGCCUCUUGCAAUUGGUUUAUCAUUGAUCAUUGCAAUGGCAGUAUUGCUCAUCACCAACAAAAAUGUCCUAAUUGCAUUUUACGCUACACUGUCAAUCGGUGGUGCUGUUAUCACAUCGGUGGCAAUUUUUGUCUUGAUUGGGUGGGAUCUUAGUGUGUUUGAGUCAGUGUUGAUUAUCCUAACAGUUGGCCUUGCUACCGAUUUCACCAUUCAUUACGGGGUUGCCUACCGCCUGGCACCACACAACGACAGGAAGAACCGUGCCCAAUACUCUUUAUCAAAUCUAUCUUCUGCGAACACCAUGGCAGCCUUGUCCAGUUUCUUAGUAGGAGCACUUAUAUUACCAGCGGAUGUCUUGAUAUUCUAUCAACUUGGUAUCGCUCUAGAAGUUGUCAUCGCCGUAAGCUGGGCAUUUGGGACCCUUUUCUUCAUACCAUUAUGUUACGUAGCAGGACCCCAGGGAACUUGCUGUCUAAUCCGUUGUUGCUGUCGAAAAUCACGUGAAAACAACCAACAGUACUAACUUGAAAAUAAUGAUAGUCAAAUAUAUAUUUUUGUAAUGUUGCAGCAGCCUUGAAAAGAUGAGAGGAAAAAAUAUUUUUGUAUCAUGAGAAGUAACAAAAUAAUAUCAUUCGAGCUUUUUAAAUGAUUUCGAUGUUUGAAAAAAGGUAAAUACUUUUUUAAUCAAAAUGUAGAGAACGAAGACAAUGGGUGUAACAUUUGAAACUGGUUAUACAUGUAUGUUAUUAUGAUGUAUGUGCAGAAAAUAGUUAAUUAACAUUAAUAACUAAAUAUUCUUUGAAUUUUCGCCUUUAACCCUUUGUACGCGGAAUUAACUCAGGAGAGAUGAUUAUGUCAAUUGUAUUGAUAUUUUCUUUGAAUCUGGAAUUAGACAUUGCAUCACUCAUACUGAUACCCUAGAAGUAUAAUCAUUCAUGACCUUAAAUGUGAAGUUCAUCUUGAAGAAAAGUUUGUUGUAAAAAUAACAGAAAAGAUAAUAAAGAAUAAUGGUGAAGGUUUGAGGAAAAUCCAUUAUUAAAACUUUGAGUUUUCGAUUUGUGAUGUCAUGAACGAGCAGCUGCUUCAUACAAAAUACAUAAAUUUCGAUUUCUUAAAGGUUUGUGAUGACUUAUUUCUGUUUUCUUUUUUAGGGAUGGGUGUGAAAUGAUUUGUCUAUUAAAGGUUGGCCCCUACAGUGAAAAUAAAUUUCUGAGAAAAUGACAUUUCGUUUAUUUUUUUCCCGUACGAUAUGCAGGAAAGCUGUUCGCAUAUGACGUCACAAAUCAAACAUUAAUUCUAAUAACUUUUUAUUGAUUGAUGGAUUUUUCUCGAACCUCCGGAAAUAAUUUUUAAUAUUUUUUCUGUUGUUUUUACACACAAAAAAUAUCAGGGUCAACUUCCCCUUUGAUUAGCGUAUCAUGGGUUAAAGAAAAAUUCCACCCCAACAAAAGAUUAAUUGUUAAAAAAAAUAAAACAAGAUUCAUUCCGAAAAUUUUGUCAAAAUUGGAUGACAAAUCAGAAAGUUAUACCAUUUUUUAAAUUGAGCUCAAUUGCAAAAUACAUUCAUGUUUGAAAAAAGGUAAAUACUUUUUUAAUCAAAAUGUAGAGAACGAAGACAAUGGGUGUAACAUUUGAAACUGGUUAUACAUGUAUGUUAUUAUGAUGUAUGUGCAGAAAAUAGUUAAUUAACAUUAAUAACUAAAUAUUCUUUGAAUUUUCGCCUUUAACCCUUUGUACGCGGAAUUAACUCAGGAGAGAUGAUUAUGUCAAUUGUAUUGAUAUUUUCUUUGAAUCUGGAAUUAGACAUUGCAUCACUCAUACUGAUACCCUAGAAGUAUAAUCAUUCAUGACCUUAAAUGUGAAGUUCAUCUUGAAGAAAAGUUUGCUGUAAAAAUAACAGAAAAGAUAAUAAAGAAUAAUGGUGAAGGUUUGAGGAAAAUCCAUUAUUAAAACUUUGAGUUUUGGAUUUGUGAUGUCAUGAACGAGCAGCUGCUUCAUACAAAAUACAUAAAUUUCGAUUUCGAUCAUGCAUAUCAUGGUCGGUGAAGUGAUAGAUGACGUCAACCCACUCACUGUUUCUUUUGUAAUGUAUUAUACCAUGAAAUAUGAAAUAUCUUUUAUUUUCUCCUCAGUAAUAUGUUUGUAAUCAAGUUUGAUUUCUCCCUGAAUAUGUGAAAUUGGCAUUGUUGUAACCUAUGUACUGUGGUUUGAUGAACAGUCUCUUACAGAAAUCAAAUAUGGAAUAAAUCGAAUGUUUCUAUAUAUUUUUUACUGUAAGGUUUGUCAUGCUUGUUAUAAAUGAAUACUGUUCAUUUCAUACUAAAUAUACAUACAUCAGCCAUACUUACGUAUACGCUAAUCUAUCAUCGUAAUAUUUAUGAUCAGAAAGGAGAUAUGCAAAUGCCCUUAAUCCAAUCAUGUGUCCUGAUAUAACAAUCAUAAAAUACUGACUUCUGUAUUUUUUCAUAGCAUUUUUCACCUCACUGCCUCUUAUCUUGCAUAUAUGUAUAUGAAAAUGUCAGAAGAACUGUGUGGGUGACUGAAGAAACAGAAAAUGUGUGAAAUGGAAUUUACAUAAUAUGCUUUUUAGAGAAAGUAGAUUUACAGCAGUUAGACCAUGACUGGAUUUUCGGUCUUUUCCAAGAUCUAUCUUCAUUUGUAUAUGGCACUUUUUGCGGAUGAAUGAAUAAAUCGAUGACCAUAAUGAAUAUUGGGUUUGAACGAAGUGCGUGUAAGCUGUGCGCAUCAUUACUCUCUUACUUUCUAUGUCAAACAUGUUAACGUAUAAAAAAAAUCUUAGUUUCGAGCAGAAGACCUCUUGCACAACAUGAAAUAAUUACCUUAAAAUAUCGUAGUGUAAAUAUUCAAUUGCAAUAUGCAGGUGCGAUGAUUGCUAGGAAUGUCAUAGGGAUAUAAGUGAUAUAUUUCGCAUGAUUUGAUUUGUCUGUCUUCAUUAGAUGUGAAAUUCUCCUGUCUGGUAGUCUUUAGUUUUAUCCAUUCAUUUAUUUUUGAUAGUCAAUGAGUCUUGUUGUGCGAUAAAUUACGAAAUUAAGUAGUAAGCAACCUUUUGAGAUCGAAUAACUUUUAAAGUUUGCAGAUGUAUAAAUUUUUUUUUUUU